AUGUCCGGUUCUGAGGACACCAAACCUCUUUCCGAUGCCACGCAGAAGUUGAAGAAGACUGGAUAUACAAAUCCUGCUUUCAAAGCCAUGGGAAUCCCCACUCUACGCCUACCUUCGCGCAAUUGGAUGAUAUUUUGGACAGUAUUGACGGUGUCAGUUUCAGGAAUCGUUUACGACAAACAGCAACAGAAAAAGAUUACCAAGAAAUGGUGCACACUAGUAGAGCCGCUUUCAAAAGAAAAGCUGGCUGUCAAUGAACGCCCCAGAAAAAUUACGGUUUUCGUUGCACCUCCUCCCAGCGACUACCUUGACACCAGUAUGACUAUCUGGAAACGUUACGUGAAGCCGGUACUUUUUUCCAGUGGUGUCGAUUACGAGAUAUUCACAGAAGAAAGCCAGGGUUUGAUCCGGGUGGAGGUGGCUGAGAGGAUACGAGAGCUCAGGCGAGAGUUGAUCAAACACGAUGCUGAAUUAAAGUGGUUAGAAGCUGAGGGUAAGAUCUGGAAUAAAUUUAAGAAAGCAAUCACUCAAGGCGUAAGUCGUUUAAGAUCAGCUGAAGAGUUAGAUUCAGAGAAAGAAAAGAUUUUGGCGCUAAAGUAUAAAACAGACUUUGAUUACAAGAAUUUACUUGGGGUCUACCGUGAGAAUAAAAAUCGCAACCUGAAAAUUGUCAGUCAAGAUUCUCUCGUUACUGAUCCUUCGAUGUCGGGAGGUGUCAUCUGUAUUGGUCGUGGUGCUUACAAGGAAUAUAUAGAUGGUCUACAUGAGGGAUUUUUGGGCCCAUUGGAUCCUCCACAAACUCAAAAGUCCGGAGCAACCGAAAAUCAGGAAACAGAAGCACAAACUAUCAAUCCACCUGCGAAGGAACAAAGCAGCGAGCAGGAGAACUCGGCUGAGCAUGUUGAAGAACCAGGCGCGACAGAAGAGCAAGCCGCAACUGAAACAAGUGAAGAGGCUCCAGAAAAGCCUAAGCCACUACCUAAACCAUAUAUCACUGCAGCAGAGUACGCUAGCGCAAAAAUUCCAAGCGAACUAGCCUCAUCUGAUAUAAUUCGGGAGGUAGAAUCGCAAAUCCCAGCGCUAUUUCACCAGCCUAUUUUAGUCCUUCCAAUGCCCCACCUGGUGGGUUUCCUGAACAUUCCUGAACGUAUUUAUCGCUUUUACAGGAAAAGAUAUGUGGCCGAUGCAUUUUGCCGGGCCACUGCUAGCUGUGUCCUACAGAAAGUUAGACCAUUCGAACCAACAAUGGACCUAGACCUCGCAAAACUCGAAGAAAACGAUUGGCCCAAGAAAUGGGUCCAGCAGGGCAAAGAGAGAAACAGCGAAUGGGUACGAGAGCUACAAGGAGACGAGAGAGUGCUAACUAAACUGAGGGUUUUCGAACCAUCAAUGAUUGACGACGAAGAGAAUUGA